UAAUGCUGGUACAUGGUGUCGCUAGUGAUCAUCAUAGAAGAAGAACAGGACCGAGUGAGAAGGCGGCGAAGAAGAAGGGGAAAAAAGAUCAGGAAGUAGAUGUCAAAAGUGGCUACAUUACAGGAAACGGCUAUAUUUUAAGACAUUGAAGAGAUGUCUGACAUUAGUCAUCAUCACUGACUGGACGCUCGUGGUCUGCUUGUGACCAAAUACACCUGCCAAGAUGCCUGCAGUAUCCACAGGGGUCAAAGAGCUAUAUUUGUCCUCAUCUCUGGGGGACCUUAACAAAAAAGCUGAAAUCAAACCGGACAAGACUAGUACUCGAAAUUAUGUACAGAGUGCCUGCAAAAUCUUUAAACUGGCAGAGGAGUGCCGCCUUGACAGGGAUGAGGAGAAAGCUUACGUGAUGUAUAUGAAGUAUUUAACCGUAUAUGACAUCAUCAAGAAAAGACCAGACUUCAAGGAGCAACCGGAUUUUUAUAUAACAAUGCUUGGUCCAACCAGCUUUAAGAAAGCCAUUGAAGAGGCUGAGAAGCUUUCUGAAAGCCUGAAACUCAGGUAUGAGGAAGUUGAGGUUCGAAAAAGACUGGAGGAGAAGGAGAGACAGGAAGAGAAGAAGAGAAGAGAGGAAAUAACAGAGAAAGGACAAGACUCUACAAAAUCAUUAGCUGCAAAUAAGAAAGACAGCAAGAAGGUAAAAGGAGAACUAAAUGAAACGAAGACCUCAAAAGCAGCAGUACCAGCUGGUGGAAUCACAGCUGAGAAACUUUUCCACUUAAUGAAGGACCAGACGAUAUCUCUAAUCGUUAUGGACGCCCGCAGCCAUAUUCACUUUGAAGAGUCCCACAUCCAGGUCCCAGCCCAAAUCUGCAUCAGUGUGCCAGAGGAGGCCAUUAGCCCAGGAAUCACUGUGAACCAGAUUGAGACCAAGCUGCCAGAUGUGUCGAAAGAGCAGUGGAGGCGACGGGGAUUUGUGGAUUACAUAGUUCUGCUGGACUGGUUCAGUUCUGUCACUGACCUUAAACUGGGCACCACUCUCCAGAGCCUCAAAGAUGCACUUUUUAAGUGGGACAGCAUUACCAUCCUGCGCAGUGAGCCGCUGGUGCUGGAGGGAGGCUACGAAAACUGGCUGCUGUUCUACCCAAUGUACACUACAAAUGCAAAGGUUCGGCCUCCCAGACAGAAUGUGGUCAACACGCUGCCACAACUGAACUUCAGUUAUCCAUCCCUGGAGGAAAUAAAGCCGCCCCCACCCCCUCAACCAGAACCUGAGACCACAACUAAACCUCAGGAACCCCCGGCUCCUGCAAUAGUAAAUGGUUUAAACCCUGCAGAACCCCCAACCUUCAUAAUAUCUGACAGGUUAGAUAAUAUAGAGUCAUCUGUCAAAUUACCCACAAAUUCUGGUGUAGACCUUGGUGCAAAGGGUUCUGCAGCAGGUCUGUCCAGCCAGUCACCUGCAUCAGCCAAGGCCUUUCCACAGUUUGACCGUGCCAAGAAGCCAUCUGUGCAAGUAUCAGGUGAACCUAAGCCUAACCAGAACGGCUCCGCAACAGACUCGGCCCAAAACGGCCCAUUAGUCCCCGACCGCUCUGUGAAACCAUCCCUCACACCAAACAGUGCUUUGUCUAAGGAAGAGCAAAACAGAAUACACUCCGAUGCAGUGGCCGUGAUGGAGAAGGCGCGACAGGAGCAGGAAAAACGCAACCAGACACGUCGAUUGGAAGAGGAGAGAAGGGAGAAGGAGCAGAAGGAACUGAAGGAAAAGCAAGAAAAAGAAGAAGAUGAGAAGAGUAAAGGACAAGAGGAGGAAGGAAAGCAUCAAGAGAAGAAGAAACUGGAGAGGCAGCAUGCGGAGGAGGAGGAGGACAAAGAGAACAGGGUGUGGACGGACAAAGACAGGAGGGGAAAGGAUCAGAACGGCGAUACACCUUCAAAGAGUAUGUCCCUGGAUUCACCUGCUCCGAACCACAUUGUCAGUGAAAUCAAGAGGGAACCUCUGACCAGAGCAAGGAGUGAAGAGAUGGGUCGAAGUGUUCCUGGUCUCCCAGACGGUUGGAUGAAGUUCCUUGACAUAGUAACAGGGACGUACAGAUACUACCAUUCGCCGACCAACCGCGUCCACCUUUACCCUCCGGAGGUCACUGUGCCACAGACCCCGCCCUCCACUCCACCAACAAAAGCAGCAAAACAGAAACCCCCGCCUCCGGCUCAGCAGGAUGCCAACCGUGAUCGAGAGCGCGAACAGUCCAAACUGAAACGCUCCUACUCCUCCCCUGACAUUAGCCAGGACCUGAGGGAGGAGGCGCAGGAGGCCCAAAAAAAGACCACUACCUCUGCUGCUGUUGCUGCAGUCAUACCCCCCAUCAACAGAGACACCAAACCUGCUACAGUUAAAUCCUAUUCCAAAGUGGAGAAUGCGCGGCCGUCGGCUGCUAAAAUCCGCAACCUGAAUCCUACAUUUGGAGGUCAGGGAGCAUCGCUGACAGGGCUCCGUAACCUUGGAAACACAUGCUACAUGAACUCUAUCUUGCAGUGCCUGUGUAACACUCCAGCCAUGGCUGAUUACUUUAACAAGAAUUACUACAUGGAGGACAUUAACAGGUACAACAUCCUUGGUCACAAAGGGGAGGUGGCAGAAGAGUUUGGAGUGAUCAUGAAGGCCCUGUGGGCCGGUCUGUACAAGUGCAUCAGUCCCAGGGACUUUAAGAUCACCAUAGGCAAGAUCAACGACCAGUUUGCUGGGUAUGACCAGCAGGACUCCCAGGAGUUGUUGCUCUUCCUCAUGGAUGGACUUCAUGAGGAUCUCAACAAGGCGGACAACAGGAAGCGCUACAAAGAGGAGGAAAACGACCAUUUGGACGAUCAGAUGGCAGCAGAGCUGGCCUGGAGCAAACACAAGCUGCUGAACGAGUCCAUCAUUGUAGCACUGUUCCAGGGUCAGUUCAAGUCCACCGUGCAGUGUCUGACCUGUCAUCGCAAGUCACGGACCUUUGAGACCUUCAUGUACCUGUCACUGCCUCUGGCCUCGACCAGCAAGUGCUCCCUUCAGGACUGCCUCAGACUCUUCUCCAAAGAGGAGAAGCUGACGGACAACAAUAAAGUGUUCUGCAGACACUGCAAGGCCCACAGAGACUCCACAAAGAAACUGGAGAUCUGGAAAGUUCCGCCCAUUCUGCUGGUGCACUUGAAGCGAUUUUCCUACGAGGGGAGAUGGAAGCAGAAGCUGCAGACUUAUGUAGAUUUUCCUCUGGAUAGUCUGGACCUGAGCCAGUACGUCAUUGGACCCAAAAACAGCCUCAAGAGAUAUGGACUUUAUUCAGUCUCUAACCACUACGGUGGUUUAGACGGCGGCCAUUACACAGCGUACUGUAAGAACGCCAUGAAACAGCGCUGGUACAAGUUUGAUGAUCACGAGGUGUGGGAAAUCUCCACCUCCUCUGUGAAGUCCUCCGCAGCCUACAUCCUGUUUUACUCCAUCUUGUGAUGAAGCUGGACGACGUGAUCACGCUUAGAGGUCGUUCUUUUCUCUUUUUUUCCGAUUUCUAAAAUCGCAUCGCUGAGAACACGGUGCAAGAGGCUGCUAGGAAGUUAGUCGCGCGCAUGCACCUGGAGGCAUGCUCCAACGAGUGACCAAAGCAUCCUGUCGGACGAUGGUUCGGGCACACUGUGCAAUGCUUCAGCUAAUCAAGGACCUUAGAGCUGUUUAAACCUGCCGCCUGUUCACAUUGUUAAUCAAGUAGAGGCCAAGUGAACACUCUGUUCUGCACCUUCACGUUGCUGCGUCAGCAUCUGAUGCAAAUGCCCUUCAUUCAUUUGCAAUGUGCGCCGUGGGGAAGGAUCGGCAAAGACCAGGAUUAACUAUUAGAUGGCAUGUACAUACAUAACAAAGCCAAUGUUGCACAAACAAAACUGUAAAUACAGGAGGGCCAGGUGAGUCUAUGUUAAGUGACCAAACUGAUUUUUUUUUUUUUAAGUAGCAGCCAAUAAAACCUGCCCGUGUUCACGUGGUCAAACUGUGUGACUCUAUAUAGCCUUCUCAUACCUAACUUGAGCCUAGGGGGCAGAAGAGAGACUGUGAGUGUUGAUUGACAUUAUUUUUAUCAUCACUAUAUGCAAUCAGUUGAAGUUGUUUUAUGUAGAAGACGUUCUCUAACAGCUUACAUUAUUAAUACUGCACUCUCUGAAAACAAUACACAGGACUAAGAAUUUACCUGCUCUAAAGUUUGUCGUAGUUUUUUUUUCUCUCUCUAAUUAAAUACACUUAACUAUUCGCAUAACUAUUAUCAAAAAGUUAUAAAGAUGAAAUAUUACCGUGACGAUUCUGCACCCUGUAUCGGUAAUGCUGGGUUUUUUUGUAACGCACUUGUAGAAGGGUUAAAUGAUUUAUUUGGAGUAAGACCAGGGAGAACGCCGAAACAUGAAAACCUAAUUAUUCACUGAUGCAGUGUUUUUGUGCGGAUGUGUGUUUUUGGACCGACUGAUUUUGACAGGAGCAAGCAGUGUUCUGAGGUUCAGGGUUCGAAUCCUUAGUUCCAGUUUGAUUGUCUAGCAUGAGAACAUAAUCUCUUAUUUUAUACUGUACACGUUGAUUUGGUUUUUCCAUGCUCUAAAGACGAUUUCUUUCAGAUAUAAUGAUUAUAUUAAUCUUUAACAACUCGUACAACUAUUUAUUAAAACUGCUUCUAACUAGUCUUUCAGUGUCAAUUACUGUGUUACAGGUAUUUUCUCAAUUAUAGUAAAACGUUGAAUGGUAAAAUGAUAGUAAGAUCUGAGCAGCGCCAUCAACUGGCACGUCAGGCCUCAUGACACAAAUGGCACACUGAUUUUUCCCAUAUUAGUUUGGGAACCUUUAUGUUAAUUCGCCUCCACAUGUUGGACAUUGUUGGAGUGAUUGUUGAUAUUUCCAUUCGACAUAUACCAGGACAUUGGUCAUGGAAUCAGCAUGUAAUAUGGAAGAUGUAGUUUGUGGUAAACACACACUUGGUACACCAGAAUUAAAAUUAUAGAAUAAA